UUAGACCUUUCCUCUGAGCCCUUGGUCUGCCAUCUGUCUAUGUGAGAAGGAGGGAGUUGGCAUUUAUUUCAGGCCCCGACUCUGAGCUCUUUUUGCCUGACCUCACCUGCUUCGAGCUCUGAACCUUGCCACAUCCCUGCCCCUUGGCCUGCUUCCAGCUUAGGAUAUCUCCCACCCCAACCCUGGGAGGGUGGCAGGAGCCAUUCUCAUUGCAGAUCUAAGCAAACUGAGGUGCAGAGAGUCAGGGCCCUUCGGUCCUCAGCGCUUCUCUUCUUGUUGGGUCUUCUAGUGACCGAUUCCUCUCCAGCUGGGGUGCAGGAAAUGGAAGCUGCUGCUGACACAGCCUUGAAGACAGCCACUUGCCUGCUCAGCACCGUUACUUAGAAGAUAGGAUUCAAGAGGAGCCGCCCCCCGCAGAGCCGGCCCAGGGGCGAGCCAGGGCCCCCCCAGCCCCGGGAUGACCUCGGCCGGCAGGGCCAACCCCUACAGUAUCGUGUCAUCGGAGGAGGACGGGCUGCACCUGGUCACCAUGUCAGGUGCCAACGGCUUCGGCAACGGCAAGGUGCACACGCGGCGCCGAUGCCGAAACCGCUUCGUCAAGAAGAACGGCCAGUGCAACAUUGAGUUUGCCAACAUGGACGAGAAGUCGCAGCGCUACCUGGCCGACAUGUUCACCACCUGCGUGGACAUCCGCUGGCGCUACAUGCUGCUCAUCUUCUCGCUGGCCUUCCUCGCCUCCUGGCUCCUGUUCGGCAUCAUCUUCUGGGUGAUCGCGGUGGCCCACGGCGACCUGGAGCCGGCCGAGGGCCGCGGCCGCACGCCCUGCGUGAUGCAGGUCCACGGCUUCAUGGCCGCCUUCCUCUUCUCCAUUGAGACGCAGACCACCAUCGGCUAUGGGCUGCGCUGCGUGACAGAGGAGUGCCCGGUGGCCGUCUUCAUGGUGGUGGCGCAGUCCAUAGUGGGCUGCAUCAUCGACUCCUUCAUGAUCGGCGCCAUCAUGGCCAAGAUGGCCCGGCCCAAGAAGCGGGCGCAGACCCUGCUGUUCAGCCACAACGCCGUGGUGGCGCUGCGCGACGGCAAGCUCUGCCUCAUGUGGCGAGUGGGCAACCUGAGGAAGAGCCACAUUGUGGAGGCCCACGUGCGUGCCCAGCUCAUCAAGCCGAGGGUCACCGAGGAGGGCGAGUACAUCCCACUGGACCAGAUCGACAUCGACGUUGGCUUUGACAAGGGCCUCGAUCGCAUCUUCCUCGUGUCCCCCAUCACCAUCCUGCAUGAGAUUGAUGAGGCCAGCCCGCUGUUUGGCAUCAGCCGGCAGGACCUGGAGACCGACGACUUCGAGAUCGUGGUCAUCCUGGAGGGCAUGGUGGAGGCCACGGCCAUGACCACGCAGGCCCGCAGCUCCUACCUGGCCAACGAGAUCCUGUGGGGCCAUCGCUUCGAGCCUGUCCUCUUCGAGGAGAAGAACCAGUACAAGAUCGACUACUCCCACUUCCACAAGACCUACGAGGUGCCCUCCACACCCCGCUGUAGCGCCAAGGACCUGGUGGAGAACAAAUUCCUGCUGCCCAGUGCCAACUCCUUCUGUUAUGAGAACGAGCUAGCCUUCCUGAGCCGCGAUGAGGAAGACGAGGCCGAUGGAGGCCAGGAUGGCCGUAGCCCCCAGGCUCGGCAUGACUUUGACAGACCCCAGGCCAGUGGUGGUGGUAGUGGUGGUGGUGGUGGUGGUGGUGGUGUCGGUGUCCUUGAGCAGCGGCCUUACAGACGGGAGUCAGAGAUCUGAGCCACCAUGGGCCAAGGUGCAGCAUCCGCCCCGCCAGGGAGAGGCCCAGCGUCCCGUGAGGGUCCUGGGUUUGAGCAGAAUGGGCCUGGUGCCCCGGUUGCAGACUCAGUAGCGUUUUAGAUGUUUUAUGUUCCUUCACAGUGGCCUGGAAAGGUUGGCGGGAGAGUGGGCGGCCAAAGUGGGCCGCCCCUGGCCUCAGAGGCCGGAGCAGGUGCAGGGGCAGGGAGGUGACCUCUGGGGGUCCGGGCCAGGAGCCAGGGGCUUCUGCCUGACGACAGAACAGCAGCCUGCCCGGAAGUGGCUGGACAGCCAUCCAGCCUCUGUGGGUCAAUGCUGGCAGGCUGCAGUGCACCUCACUGGUUUUUAACUUGGGGAGAAACACCAGUUUUGGCUUUCUCAACCUUAGCUUGAGUAAGACUGUUUACAAAAAAAAAAAAAAAAUUUAACAUGUGAUUUAAAAAAAUUUGAUUUGUGGGGGUUAUAAAAAAAAGGACAGUUAGAAUUCCGUUGGUCUUCCGAGAUGCAGGCAGGUAGAUGGAGGCCCCACGAGGCUCCCCGAGGCUGGACAGGCCUCUCCUCUGUGGAGGCCGCAUGCGUGCCAGGUGGCACAGUCCGCAAGCGCAAGCACGGUGCUCAUCCGUGGUUCCUUAUGCUCACGGCGGAUCAGGUGAUAUUUGCGCUAGAAAAACCAAGACCAUGUUAAUGAUCAUCAUAAAAGCUUUCCAGAGUCAUAGUGGUGGGGGGUAGGGGCUGGGAAAAAACUAUUUGAGCUUUUCGGGUUUGACUUUUGUACCUUAGAGGUGCGUCUCAGGGCUGGAAAUGGGACCUGCCUGCCGUGGAGGGCCCGCUCUCCCCCCAUCCACCAGAUUUUCCUGUUUUACUUCUCUCUCCUUUUCUGCCUCAUAGCCUCCACCCUUCCAUAGUGAGGGACACUUGGAAAAUGUUGGAGUAGAUGGCUCCGUGGGAAGGGAGGGCCGGUUCCCUGAUGACAAGGAAGCAGAUCAGCCCCAUUCCCACGGGACCCCAGUGUGAGUCGUGCCUUAGAGACCUCAGGUGGGCCAGCUCCAGCUGUUUCUGUUGUUACCGGACUAGCCCGUACUCCCAGCUGCCCCCGAUUCCACCAUGAAGUCCCCACCAGCCUGUCUGCCUGCAGAGGCUGGGCUAUCCUCCUUGCACCUGGGACAGCACAAGGGAGCCCAGGUAGGUCCCAGCCAGGCUCUUCUCCGCUGCUGAAUGGCAGAGGAUCUUAGAAGAGGUGUGGAAUUGUCAGCCGAGAUGACUGGGAGUGGCACUUGCUUCUAGGCCCCCUCGUCAGGAGGAAGUUCGGAGCUGUUGGCUCUGCUGGCCCCAAAGCAGGGCCCUGGACCAGGAACUGCCCAACAUGGGCUUGUUCUUGGCAGGGGACACAGCUGGCAGGGGUGGAGCUGGCCAGGCCUUUCCCAGGACAGCUAAGAUUUCUGUCUUCUCCAAUGACCAGGCCUGUAAGGAAGUCCUUAAUUAGAAAGCCCAUACAUGUCUCCUCAGCCUGCCUGCCUAGGCCACUCCAACCUGUGCCCUCUCUGAGAUAGCUAGGCACCAAGGACUCUCGCACAAACGGGAAAUGGAAGGAGACUUCAAGGUCACGAAGUGAGUGGUGGGUCUUGGGAGGCAGGGAGAAGCCAGGGGCCUGGGGUGGGGGCUGUUACCUCUCCCCUCCUCCUCCACCAACCCCCAGGGCAGCUGGAGACCUGGUCUGAGGCCAGAGGACCUCGAGGGUCUGGGCAUGAGCCAUCAGUCCCCCCCCCCACACACACACACGGGCGCCCUGGGACCGUGCCCUGAGUGGUGUCAGACUCUCAGCAUUGUGCCCUAGCCUCAGACUCCACCCUCAUUUCUGGCUGGGGGAAUUCCAGCAGUGGAGUCAGCUCUUUCCUCUCAGGAUCUGCUGGAGGGGCUUUAGUCCUUCCCAGCUCGGGGCCUGGCUUCCCAGCCCUGAGCCUGGCUGCCUUUCUCCAUCUUAGCUCUGGGGGGGUGGGAGGGGCAAGGGUAGAGUUGAUGUGGGACAGCUUCCCUGCCCACCCCCUAGAUUGUCAGGCUGAGCCAGGGAGGGAUGAGGGGACCCCAGUCACUUGAGGCUGGCAGAGGGGCCUGUGUCCUGCUCUGCCCAGCAGCUGGAGAUCCUUCCAGGGCUGGUGAGCCAGGCUUCCACUGCCACCAUGCAGAGCAGAGCCCAGGGAUGUUGGGUGACUUGGUGCACCUCCUCUCAGGCCCAGGCUGGAUGGUUCAGCCCCAGACCCUGCGGGAGAGCAGCCCUGGGCUGCCUUUCAUCUCUCGCCAAAGGCAGAUGCUGCGUUUUCAGACUCUUCUGCCCUUUUUUUUUUCCUUCCCUGUAUUUAUUUAUUUAUUUAUUGCUUGUGCUAAAGACCAAAAUAGUCUCCCUCUUUAGUGCACUUGAAACGGGAGGGUGGAUGGGAGGAGCUGUGUGUGCUCACAGAGCAAGGAUUACGUCAUCCCUGGGGAGUGUGUGCCGGGGUGGGGUGGGGUGGGGUGUGUGUGUGUGCCCGUGUGUGUGUGUGUGUGUGCAUGUGGUGUGUGGAGAGCAUGUUAGCCCUCUGAGUGUGCCACAUGCCACGUGCAAUGCGUGUGCCGAGCACAGGCAAGUAGGGAGCAUUUGUGCACUUGAGUGUGUGUGGUGUGUGUUUGGAUGCGUGUGCAUCUGUGUGUACAUGGAGUGUGGUCUGUGUGCUGUGCAGGUGUGUGUUCCAAUCUACUCCCACCCUCACCCUUUCAGGCAAUGGGAUUUCCAGGAAGUUUCUUAACAACCUGAACUGAGAGGUGUGGCUGUUGGAGCCAGCCAAGGUGGCCUGGGUGCCCUCCUCCCUGAGACAUGGAACUGCUUAUGUGGAAAAGGGGCCGUGCUGGCGGCGUGUGUGUGUGAGUGUGAGUGUGUGAACACCCAAGUGCAUGCAUUUGCAGGAGCAAUCAUCUCAUCGCUGUUCAAGGAAAUAUGUGCAAUUGUGGCUUUGCAUGAGCGUGUGGAUUCACCGUUCGUGGGCAUGCUGUACCAAUGUGUGCCCACGAUGAUCUCCAUAUGUGUGUGAAUCUGGGCUGAUGAUGUACACACGUGGGAUGUCCGUGUGUGCAUAUACACACAGACUCAGAGUUGUAUGUAUAUUUACCCACAGGUAUGUUUGUGAGUGUGUGUUUUACACGCGGGCAUUGGUUUAAAUGUUUGCCAGGCUGCAAGGCUGGGCACACACCGCUCAGGAUGGAUGCGGGCUGGGGACAUUGGCACAGCUGAACCCAGUAGCCCCACUGCCCUCUGCCCGGAUUACAUCCAUAUGGGAAUGCAUGGAAUGUGUGUGCCAGUGUGAGGCUUUUGUGUACUUGGGCAUGAGGUAAUAUCUUCCCAUGUGUGUGAGCACAUGGCAUCCAAGGUGAGUGCUUGCAUAUGGAUGGCGUAUGUGUGUGUGUGUUUGGCCCAGUGAAGACGUCGUGCAUGUGGUGCAUUUGUGUGUGGCAGUUGUGCCGGAUUCUGUGAGCAGGGCUGGUGCCUGCCUGCUGGGGGCAGUGUGUAUGGGAAUGCACGAGCGUGUGCAGGUCCCAGGGCUGUGUACACAAAAACGUCAGUGGAAACGGUGUGUCCGUGUGCACGCCUGCGCGUGCUGCCUCGAACACGGUGGCCGCCCCCCCCCCGUGCCUGCUGGUGCUGUGCUGCCCGGUCCCUGCCUGCCCGAGGGUCCCGGGAGGGGCCGGGGGCGGGAGCGGGCCUGAUGGGAAGGAGGCCCUGCACAGGGGUGUCUGCCCUGCGUGAGGUCAUAGAAUGUCAAAUCUAUUUUAAAUGGUGAAACUGGAGAAUUUUCAUGUUAUUUUCAAUACAUAGCGGUAUCUAAAGACAUAGGCCACGAGACUAGACCACAUUAAAUGCAUUUUGAUCUCUUUGAG